CAGAGCUUUGGCUGGAGCCGUGCGCGCUAUCUCGAGCGAUUGAACGGCAAGGCGCCCGACACAGGCACCCCGUGACCCUCUGUGCGACGUGAGUCGAAGCGUCCCCAUGGCUGUGCCCAGAAGACGAUAGCAGUACCAAUGGUGGGCUGCUAGCACAACAGCACGCCGACGCCGCGAAAGGAUGGGCUGCGUCAACGCCACGCUAGCAAAAAGAAGGUUAAACCCCCAGUAUCUUAAGUUGAGCGAGGAGGAGUUCAUCAAGCUCAAUCACCUGAUCAUGAUCACGAAUUUGCGACCGAUUGAUAUCAUGCGCAUCGUGCAAGAAUUCCGGAAAAUUGAUGUUGAUCGUUCGGGAACAAUCAGCGCGAGGGAGUUCUUCCACCACUACUCGUGCAGGGACACGCAGUUCGCGAGGAGAGCGAUGACCAUUAUGGAUGAUCAACCGCCAGGUAAUAUGUCCCUUGAUCUAGUAGAGUUCUGCGCGGCGUUGUACAACUACUGUACCUAUGAUCGUGAUACUCUAUUGUGGUUCAUCUUCCACCUGUUCGACGAGGACGAUAGUGGGACGCUAGAAGCCUUAGAAUUCAAGGAUUUAAUAUCCUUCGUCUACUGCCGACCGCUGACACCUACCGUGCAAGCUUUAGUCGAAAAACAUGGCGUCGCGCCCACGGGAUUCAUCUCCCGGGACCAAUUCGUCAAGAGGUGUCGAGAGGCGCCGUUGUUGGUCGCGCCGGCUUUUGAGUUACAGAGAGCUCUACAUGAGACGGUCCUGGGAACCAAGUUCUGGCGCGAGCACGCCGAGACACGGACUGGUAGAACGAGAGCGGACAACGAAGACGUUUUGUUAAACGAGUUCCGUAAGAUGGACAAGGCGUACCAGCCCGGCGGCCACCUGUGCUACCUCGGGGACGAGCUAAGGAAACGGGAAGUGAUUGACGAGGAAAAAAGGCAUGCGGAUUUGUUGUCAGGUAUUGACGCGGAUUUAGCGGGAAGAAAGAUAAAUUACCGCAAAAAACAGUCGCUCGGCGGCCAGAUCGCGACCGUAAGGUUCGAAGGCGGGAAAGCGGUGACCUCCACGAAAGCGCAACGGUCCCAGCGCCAGAUGACCAUCCUCAAGCAGGAGAAGAAGGCGAAGCUCGCCAAAAUGAAGGCCGACAAGCUCGCAGAGGAGGCCGCGAACGCGGACAACGCGGCCUGGGGCGGCGUCCUCAAAGAUACGCCCGGGGACAUUGAACGUAGAGAGACGUUGGUGACCUACCGACCGGCUCGCAAGCCCGGCGACGGCCCGAACAUCCGCAACGACUCCGCGACUUAUAGUAGACUCAUCAACAUGAAGAAGUAUGCCGCAUUCAGAAAAAACAUGGAGAAGCACGAGAUCCACUCGAAGAGUGGUAUGAGAGUGGGUUCUAGGGUGGACAAGAAGAAGGUCGCGCCGUCGAUGGCGUCGAUGAUGUCUGCUGCCGGCGCUGCGCACGGGCGCGAUUCAGUAAUACGGAAGCUCUAAAAUUCAACACA